AUGAGCUACUUCCUAUCCUACUGCAAAGCGCACUGCACCGCCGUGCUCGGCCAGUACCAGACACUGAGAUCAGAGGGCUUUCUGUGCGAUAUUUUGCUGAAAGUGAAGGAGAACGAGUUUCCUGCACACAAGUCCUUGUUGGCAUGCUCCAGUGACUACUUCCGAGCCAUGUUCAAAAGUUACACCCAAGAGUCUAACGCCAGUGUAAUUCAUCUGCAAGUUGUGUCACCCACCGGUCUCCAGCAUGUCCUGGAUUUCAUUUACACUUCCCUGUUGCCCCUUUCCUUUGAAAGCCUGGAGGACACCUUGGAAGCUGCAAGCUACUUGCAAGUGACCGAUGCGAUUGGCUUGUGCAAUCAGUACUUGGUUAACAAUCUUGCCUUGGAAAACUGCUGCUUCUCCGCCAACGUGGCCAGGAGGUUCUACCUGCCAGAUGCCUUAGCGGCAACGGAAAAAUACAUUGUCAAUAAUCUCUGGAAGCUGCUGGACUUGGAUUUGUCAGGACUGCUCGAGCUGAACUUCAGGUCUCUGCUAGCAGUGGUUCAAUCACCAGAUCUCCCCAUGGUGAAAGAAACCCGCCUGCUGAAUCUUGUGCUGCUGUGGCUGAAGCAGGAUAAAUCCAGGCUGGCUCACACAAGCGGCCUUUUAGAGCACGUACGAUACGGCCUCAUCCCGGUGGAAGAGCUGCGAAAAACCUACACGCAGUCAGAGGUGCCCCUCUCCGCAGGUAUUAAGUGCUUGAUCAUUAAAGCAAUAAACUACCAUACAUCUGUUUUCAAGCAGCCCGUCCUGCAGGAUAAGUCCACCACGCUGAGGAACCAGAAAACUCAGAUCAUUCUGCUGGGGGGAGGGACAGCAAGCGAGGGGCUCGUCGGCGAUGUGGUGGCCUUCGACGUUUACAAUCACAAGUGGCGAGCUCUCACGCAGGUGCGGGACAGGGUGCAGAACCACAGCGUGUGCGUGGUGGGGAACUUCCUCUACGUCUUGGGUGGGGAAAUAGAAAGCGGUGCCCCGGGUGACGCUAAAACCGAACAGAUCUUAUCGGUUACGAACAAGGUCCAUCGUUACGAUCCGAGGUUUAACACGUGGACCCAAAUCACGGGCAUGCUGGAAAAGAGAUGCCAGUUUUCUUGUUGCGUCCUAGGCAAGGAUAUCUUUGCCGUUGGUGGAAGGGGUGAGGAUGGGUCGCUGCAUUCGUCUGUGGAAGUCUACAACAUCAGCAGGGACAGAUGGACGAAGGCCAGGGAAUUGCCGUGCAAGAUACAUGGCCACGCCAGCGCCAUUUGCAAGAAUACUAUAUACAUCUCGGGCGGCAAGUACUCGGACCCAGCCGACACAAGCAAGGACGUAUAUUCUCUGAGCUCGCUCGAAGGGCAGUGGAUGAAACAAGCCCCCAUGAGCAUUGCCCGGUUUGGGCAUCAGAUGGCAACAAUCAGAGAGGCCAUAUUCACCUUUUUAGGAUUAUAUGAACCAUUCUCUGAAAUAGAAAGAUACGACCCUGAUCAAAACCAGUGGACUCGGUUAAGACCACUGACCUAUGAUCGCUUUUGCUACGGCCUGGCAGUGGUAGAGGAAACGGCUCUUCUUAUCGGGGGAAAGAAAUGGCAAAACUCCCGGGAAGUCCCCACGCAAGACGUGGUCGGCUACGACAUCGACAACGAUGGCUGGGAAGAGAUCUGCAAAGCCCCCUUGCCUUGGUGCGGGCUGCAGUGCGCGGUGCUGCAACUCUCGGAGCCGGCCGACGAGCGGGACGGCGACGGCCAGCAGAAGAGAUGGCUGAACUGCUGA